AUGGAUGAGGAGCAGAUGGAGAAGGUAUUAGGACCGCAGUUUUCAGCCAAGGUUAUCGCCUCAAUUAUCUCUCUCUGUGUCUGCAAGUUUAUAGCUCUAACUCCCUCCCUCCAGGCGUUGUAUCCGGGUCCAGAUGAGGGCUGGCAGGUGUACAGCUCGGCAUCGGACCCUGAUGGGAAGUGUGUGUGUACAGUGGUUGCUCCCGCUCAGAACCUCUGCAAACGAGACCCCCGCAGCCGUCAGCUACGCCUACUCACAGAACAGGUGCAGAACGUGAGUCAGUCUAUGGAGGUGAUGGAUCUGAGUACGUCUAGAGACCUGCAGUACGUCAGAGAUACUGAACCACUACUGAGAGGAGUAGACGGACACAUACACACCUACACCACCAACCCACGCAGACUCACUAAGAAGGGCCUGCAGGAGUUGAAGGGUCAGAUGUCUCAGCUGCGCCCCCUGUUGUCGGUGAUUGACCAGUACAGGUUAGACCUCCAGACCCUGGCCGUGCUCCGAGCGGAGGUCCUUAACCUGUCGAUCAUCCUGACAGCCAUUCAGGAGGAGGUGGGGGCCUACGACUAUGAAGAACUACAACAGAGAGUGCUACUGCUGGAGACGAGGCUGCACGCCUGUAUGAACAAACUGGGCUGUGGGCGAUUAACAGGGGUGAGCAUCCCUAUCACUGUUAGAGCGUCGGGCUCCCGCUUCGGAUGCUGGAUGACUGAUGCCAUGAUACCCAGCUCCGACAGCAGGGUGUGGUCUAUGGAUGGUUACUAUAAGGGGAGGCGUGUAUUAGAGUACAGGACCAUGGGAGACUUCACUAGAGGACAGAAUUUUGUUCAGCACCUCUUACCUCACCCCUGGGCCGGGACAGGUCAUGUUGUCUACAACGGAUCACUGUACUACAACAAACACCAGAGCAACAUACUGGUGCAGUACCACUUCCGAUCCCGUAACGUGGUGCUCCAGAGGAGUCUGAGUGGAGCAGGUUACAACAACACCUUCCCCUACAGCUGGGGGGGGUCUUCUGACAUAGACCUUAUGGCUGAUGAGACCGGUUUCUGGGCAGUCUACACCUCCAUACCUAACGCUGGGAAUAUACUGGUCAGUCGGUUGGAUCCUCGUUCUCUCGACAUUCUCCAGAGUUGGGACACAGGGUUUCCUAAACGCAGUGCAGGGGAGACCUUCAUGAUAUGUGGUACCCUGUACGUCACCAACUCCCAUCUGGCCGGAGCGAAGGUCCACUUUGCUUACCACACCAACUCCUCCAGCUAUGAGUACACAGACAUCCCCUUCCACAACCAGUACUCUCACAUCUCCAUGAUGGACUACAACCCCAGAGAGAGGGCCCUCUACACAUGGAACAAUGGACAUCAGGUCAUCUAUAAUGUGACCCUGUUUCAUGUUAUACAGAGCCAAGGAUAGAGGAGGAGAGGAGGGGAGGAGGGAAAGGAGAGAGACUGACAGACUAUAUCUCUAUACAGAGAGAAGAGA